GGGGGGGAACAGUGCAGUGUAGUUGGAGCGAGCUCAGCUUGAAAGUUGCUGCGUAGAUUCCAGUUAUCCUGUUUGUUGCUGUAUUGCUCAAGAAGGAUAAGGAGGGUUUGUACCUUGCCUCCUUUUCUGCCUUCUAGUGAACUCACUUUGAUUGCGAUUGGUGUCCAGUGGUGCUAAGUGCCACAGCCAUUGGAAAAACCGUUCUUCGCCCUUCUAAAAUUUUGCUUCUUCCACUUUUGCUUCAGGAGAAUAAGUAAGAUGUAGAUGAGUGGGGGGAGUUCAGUUAUGUGUAGCUCAAGCAAAAUAGUCUUUAGUGUGAUAAAUGAGAUCUAAUAGUGUGAUGCAUCUUCUGCAUUCUUUGACAGAUGGGUAUAAAAAUGAGACUUGAGCAAGCAAGCCAGGUAUUCAUGUUUUUCACUGCUGCUUUGCUAAUUCUGGGUGUUUAAUUGCCUUUUUCUGAAAAUUCCUUUGGCUUAUGUAUUAAAAACAAAACCUAAACCAUUUAAAAUACUCGGACAUUGAGGGCUAAUACUUCUUUUUAACAUAAAUUGCAUAUUCCCUGGCUAGAGAUGGAGAAAUACUGUCCAGUUGUAGAUACGCAGCUACUAUGUGCUAUCAGAGACUGACGCUUAAUUCGCAUCCUGAAAGGUUUAAAGUUUGUGGUUGAUUUCUUACUACACAUGCACCCAAAAUAGGUUUGUUGUUGUAAUUAUACAGUCCCUAUGGACUUAGUGAAAUAGAAGACCUAUUAAAUCAACUUGCGUUGGGGUCAACCAGAACUGCCAGCUAUCCCACAGCUUUCUCAUUGGUGAGGUCCAGCUGCUGCAAACUGCUGUUGAGCUACAUGAAGGGUGGAAUUAAUAUACUGGAUAACUGUCAUACAGAGAAAUACUAAGGAUUGGUGGGUUUUUUAACCAACUGUAUGAUUCAAGAAUGCAACCCUUCCACAGCCUUCAUUGUGAGCAGAGUAAAGAGUGAAGCCUUUCCCUGCAGCUGGAGCUGGUGUACUGAUGUACUGGCUCCAGCCUGAAUCCGCUAUUUAGGUUUCCUUGUGUUGGAGCACAAAACAAAACCUUCAUGUCCAAGCAGUGGUGUGUUGCAGGGAAGUGCUGUGGUGCAGGCCUAGCGCUGAACAACGGACAUCCCAGCUCUGAGUGGUGAGGGUCACAUCUGAGGGGAGAACUGGAGUGCUUUGAGGCUGAGCUGCUGCUCCAGAACCCACAGUAGCAAAAUGAACUGUUUCAGCCUCGCUGCUCAACUGGUUGUUCAGUUCUUGCAAGAAUUGCAUUGUUCUUUUGCGUUGCAACUCUUUGGAUUCUUUCCUGGUGUUUCUAUAAAGUGAUUGCGUUGCAGCUUCAUCAUGGGUAAAAUCUGCCCUGGUAGUUGAAAUAAGGAAAGUGUACGUGGGGGCAUAGGAAAGAGUGCAGUAGUGGUAGCAGUGUGCUCGGUGUGUGGGAUGAAUGUGACUUCUUGGUCUCAGUCAGAGGGGACUUAGGUGGGGCUGUCGUGUGUGCACAUCCAAAUCUGUGUGGUAUGUUGGCUCUUUUGAGUGCACAGAUUUCUCACAGUGUGAAUGUAUUGUUGUCAGUUUUCUUGGAAGCUGUGGAAGAAAAUAUCAUCAUCUUUAGUAAAGUGAGACGAAAGGAUGCACCCCUGACUUGUAGUUGGCAAGGAUCUGAAAGCAGUAAACCCUUUGCUCCACUUACCCCCGUCCUACAGUGGAAGCGUAAGCAGUUACAGUCCUAACUGACAUGUGGUUCAGUUCUUAGCACAGGCUUCAUCCAUGCAAACUGCAAGUCUGCAAUUCCUUUAACAGUCUUCUACUCAUGUCUAGUACCUGCAGACUCACUAGGUGGAAGUGCUGCUGUCAGACUUUGCCAUGUGCCAGCUCUACUUCAGCCAUUACAAGUAACUAUCCCUUGCAUUAUAAAAAUCUAGGUCUGUAUCUCCUUAAAAACAUCUAGAAUGUAAUUUCAGGUGGGCAUCCAAGUGCUGCAGGGCUCUUUCACCCUUCUGUACAGAAGAACAUUGUACAUUGUGUUUUGGAACUGUAAGUCUUGUAUCUUUUGCAAUCAAACUUUUGGAUUCAUGAAUAGCUCUUUAUUAUCUCUUCAAGUUUUUGUAUCCCACUGCGUAAUUAUAUACAAACAAAGAAUUUAUCAAGAUAGGAAAUUUUCAGUAAUUACUUUUGAAAUGCUGUGGUCAUUCAGGUGUGUAAAGUGCCACAAAUGCAGCUCGGUAAGCAGAGCAGUGCUCACAGCCCCACGCGUGUGCUCAGCGGGAAGUGGUAGCACAUGUCACUGGGCUCCCGCUCUGAACGUUUGCAGCUCACCGCUUCCUGUUACUGAAGCAAAAGAACAAAAGCAGCGCCAGUUUGCAGCUUGUUUUAGCUUCUCAAAAGUCACAGUCACAUUUGUUAAACUUGGUUGUCUUGUGGCAGAUGUUUAUGGAUUUCCCCUUUUGCUUUCCUUUUAGCUUCGUCUUUAUUCAAGGUGGAUUUUGGGGAAGUUCCUACUAGAAAGUUUGAUUUCUGAGAAGCUGUUCUUUGUGCACGUCUUGUUUUGGAAAUCCUGGUACUGUAAGGGAAAUGAGUAACUGCAGGAAAGCAGUCAGUGCAGGGCUCCUACCUGCAGUGCGGGCUCGUGCUCGGACGCCAUCUCUGCGGGUCUCCUACUGCUGGUGCUGCUGUGUCCUGGCUUUGGUAGCUCACGGAAUUGACUUCAAGAUCAGAACCAUAGAAUUAGAUGGGAAGAAAAUCAAGCUACAGAUAUGGGAUACAGCAGGCCAGGAGAGGUUCCGCACAAUCACAACAGCUUACUACCGAGGAGCCAUGGGAAUUAUGCUGGUGUAUGACAUAACAAAUGAAAAGUCUUUUGACAACAUAAAAAACUGGAUAAGAAACAUCGAAGAGCAUGCCUCUUCAGAUGUAGAGCGAAUGAUCCUGGGUAACAAGUGUGAUAUGAAUGAAAAGAGACAAGUCUCAAAAGAAAAGGGGGAAAAGUUAGCAAUUGACUAUGGAAUCAAAUUUUUGGAGACAAGUGCAAAAUCCAGCAUAAAUGUGGAAGAGGCUUUUUUCACGCUUGCACGGGACAUUAUGACAAAGCUCAACAGAAAAAUGAAUGACAGCAGUUCAUCGGGGGCAGGUGGGCCGGUAAAAAUAACAGAAAAUCGAUCUAAGAAGAGCAGCUUCUUUCGAUGCACGCUACUUUGAUGAACUUUUAACAAUAGACUGCAGCACACUUAGAACCUUUUCUGCUUCUUUGAAAGCACAGGGUCACAAAGCCUCAGAAAUAAUACCACCAAGCUGCUGCUGAGAGCUCCAUUGAACGUAGACUGCGAUACACAAAAUAUCAAGUGGAUUUUGCUCACUAAGCCUAUCCAUCUGUCAGGCUCCUUUUACUCAAAUACGGAAGCUAUGAAGUGGAGACACAAAUGCAAGAGUUAACUUGUUUUCCUUUUUUACUUUCUGUUUUAUUGCCUGUUGCGAAAGCUGCUAUGUUUCUUUUAACUUUGCACAUUCAUAUUAGCCUCUUACUGCCUGUUACAGCACAAUCUUACAUUUGUAUUUGCACAGUUUCGCUUGUAAGUAAGAUUCUUAACAGAUUUGUGCAGAUUUUUCCCUUCUGUUUUGAACAAAUUUAUUUUAAAGCAGAACAGCCAGAGGACAGAUUAAGUCUCAUUUCCAUUAUUUUCUUUGCUGUGUACUUACGGCCAUGACUGCAGUAUGGGUGUUGACACUCGAGUGAUGAGAAUUACUCUAACAAUUGACAUUUAACGAUUUGUAAGAGUUCUGUCUCACAGAUGCACAAAUCUGUUCAUGCAGAAGCCAUGGCUUUUAUUCUGAAUGUAGUAUGUUGCUUUUCUUUACCAGAUUUAGAAAAGUUGUGUUCUGAAUUGCCAGUCACUGUCUGAUUUCACAGAUGCACCUUUUGGUAAUUUUAAUAAACACCAUGUCUUUCCUCACUUAACUUCCAUUUGUUAGCUCAAACUGCCUGCACCUUUUCUUUGUUUUUGAUGAGGAAGUACACCCUGGAGUUGAGAUCAUCACAAAUUGGCCUCAUUGCAAUCACUUAAGUGGCUUAUGGAAUCUGAAUGCAUGAGUUUUGAGUAACCACUUUGUGGAUUCACUUGCUCAGAAUGACUGCUCUGAAGGUGACUUUGAUUUCUAUUUUAGUGAUAAAGAUGGUCUGUUAAUGUCUGUAAGCAUCAGCCCUUGACAAAAAGGUGUCCAAAAGUUAGCUUCCUGUGUGGUUGCUGAAGUUCAUCAAGCUCUGGCACUACAUGAAGGGUCACACUCGGGCUGGAACACAAUAUUGGUUACGCAGUUAAUGAUGAAUGUAUGAAGCCCUCAUUGGUCUGCUCAAGCAGUACAACUUUUUUUUUUUUGUCAAAAGCUGGUACAGUGACCUAGACUGUUAGAAGCAGAGUUGAAACUUAGUUGCCUUUUUUACUCAACUGAGCAUUGUAUAAUGUAGUCUUUGUUCCUACUACUUUUUUAUUGUCUACUGAAAAUUUUCCUCAAUAAGCAAGUAAAAUAGGUGCUCUAGUUCUGUUGAUGUGCCAAACUUGGACCAUUGUAAGCUUUAACUACAAGUUUGUGUCCAGCAUGUUUGUUAUUAGGGGAUAGGUGGAUUCUGUCAUUGUCGAAGUAAUGUCUCUGACUUGCUUGCUUUUGCUUCACUAUGUUGUCGAGUUGCAAACAGUGAAUUGGUUGUUACUGCAGAUAACUGCUUCAUUCGUGCUGUCUGGUACUGAGUUUGUCAUCUCGGGUCUGUUGUAAAUACUUUGAAAAUGAACAGACCAAUAGCAUUGGAUAUAAAAGGACCUUUGAUUUGAAAAGAUCUAACAGUAGUAGCUGGUUCUAUAAAGAUUAAGGUGUUAUCAACCUGUUCCCACAUGUAGCUUAAUAGAAAUAGUUACUGCAAUUAGAUGGUCAAUCUCAUAACCUUCUGUUGCUGCACUUAAAGAAAAAUCGUAAUGGCAACAAAGGUUUAGUGGAAAGUCAAAGCAUCCCUAACUGCUCAGUUGUCUACCCUUGAUGUUUUUCUUGGACAGGCUAAGGCAGUUAUGUUUUCUGUAUGUUUUUUCUUUUUCUUCUUUUGAAAAAAAAGUGCUUCUGUACAGAAAGUGUUGUGACACCAAUUAUGAAUGUUGUUUAUUUUCAGUAAUUUACCUCCGACUUACUUGGUGUCGUAAUACUUUGAUUUUUAUCUCAGGGGUUGUCUGCAAACCAAAACUGACAUGUUCUGUGUUUGGCACCGUUUACAGAAUGCUUUGUGUUGUUUUUCCUGUCUUCGCUGUGUGGUUAAGUGUGCAUUCAAUAUUAGUCUCCAUGAACUUCCCUUUGAAAGAGCCUGUAAGUAGGAGAGUCUAUGAAGUGCUUCUUGAAGCAGCAGUGAAUUGGGGUAUCUGCUCUGUAUUUGGGGGGAGGGGGGGCGGGGGGAAACUUGCUAUUUUCUUACAUUUAGCUGUGCUAAACUGUACAUAAAUGUGAGGUAAGACCAUAGGAAAUUCACUUUAUGCAUGAUAAAAUGAUGCAGUAAAUAUUUCACUUUGCUUAAUGUUCAUGUAAAGUUCAUCUUUUUCUAUUUGUAGAAGAAUUUAGUGCAAUUUUGUUGUCCCCUGCUGAAACUGAAGAAUUCUAAUUUCAUGUGGUCUUAUGGAUAAGGUAAAAUGCAGAUUUCUCUCUGUUUUGCCCCUACCCCUGUUCUCCAGCAGUAUUAAAUGGAUGAGUGGCUGCACUUUGUCAGUGUGCUAACUUCUGGUCAGUAUAGACCUCUUUCUGUCUACAGUCUGCCUUGUCAGACAUAGAAAACCGUGCUGUAUCUUAGCGUGCAAAUCAGCUGUAUGUUUUACUGGGAAUUUUUUAGCUAUGUUUUGCUUUAGACAAGUGGGUGAUGAUAAAUGACAUGUUUUGCCUAGGCAUCAGAUGCUGGGUACUACAGGCUUUUCUAAUACCAGUAGGAUUGUUUUGUGCAGUCUCUGUUGCUACUUGGCUCAAACCUAUAUAACCUAAAUUUUGAAGGACUCAACUAUACCUCAGUCAACUAGUUAGUAUUCUCAUGUUCAUUAGAAUGAAAGUCAUAGAAUUAUUCAUGAAGCAACAAAUGUGUUUCUGUUUUGCUCCAGAAAUUGCCAUUAAGCUUUUAGGAGAAGCAGAUGUUUCUGGUGGAUUUUAAUGGAAUAAAACCACUGUUUAUGCUGUUGAGGUUUUUUGAAAUAUUUCUCUGCCCUGUGUCUGUGUACUGUAUCUUGACCAGUAUUUUUCUAAAUGGCUUAGAAAGAAAUGUGGUCUCAGUGCACUGCAGUUUUAGCUUCCAGCCUGUGCUCAGCAAAACAUGCACAAGUUGUUUUUGUUGAGUGUAUCUAGAAUAUUUGAUUUACUGAAUGUCUUACUGGAAGUUGUAUUAUUGUUAAAGCUUAAACCACUCGAAACAUAGCUGACUUUUCUAUUUGGGGGCAGUCUCAAAGAUGCUGGUUGAGUUUUCAGAUCUGUAGUUGUGGUUUUUUUCCUUUUUUUUCCUCUUUUGUGCCCUUUUUAACAUGAACUAUUUCCAUUGUAAGUACAUUUCCCUUUCUAGUCCGCUGAAGUCAUUUAAGAAGUCAUAGUCAUUUUCACAAGUGAAAAAAGGAUUAUUGAACAUACAUAUUGCAUUGAAAUAUUGUGAAUGGAUACUGAUUUGAAGUACAUGAAUGAUAUGUAAAAAUGCAUAAAUGUUAUUUGUGGAAAUGCCCUGUUAUUUUGCUGUCUGUUAAUGUAACUGAAAUUUUGCAACUUGUUAAGGAUUGGUCUGUAGGUGAUGAUAAAUAGGUCUUUUUCUUCUCCAUUCACUGAGCUUCUUAAGCCAUUAUAAAUAAAACUUGUAUUCCUCUCUUCCACAAAAGCAGAAUUUCCACUGAUUUUUCUUGUUCCUGGUGAAUUUAAGUAUUCUAGUGCAUUCCUAUGGCCUUACAGAUGUUUUUGCAAAUAAAACUUCAAUUACAGUUAUUUUAAUGCAACGUAGCUACUAAAUUCAGACUAGAAAGUAUAGUCCUUGAGAAAUUGCUUAAUUUUGAAAUAGAAGUGUUCUACUGUGUGUGUUUAAGCACAUUUUUAUCUCUGAUUAAAGGUGUAAUGUGAAAAGCUCCUGCAGAUAAAGUGAUCUUGUCAUGUGAUUAACCUGUAAGCCUAAUCAUUGUGUAUCGAUGUGUAUAGACAAAAAAAAUUCCCUCCCCCCAAAAAAAACCACUUUAAAUUCUAAUGGUUUUAUUACUCCAUGUGAACUUUUUUACAAUAAUAUGUCUCAAAUAAAAGUUACGUAAUGAAAAGAA